AUGGAAACCUUUUGGUGCUUCGUAGAACAAGCAGAGCAGAUUGUGGAUGUAGGACCGAGGCCCUCCUUUCUCCAGGAGGAUUCUGUCCUGCAGCAUCAGCUCCUCAGGCAGAAGCUGGGAGUUCUGCCCCAGCGCUCGCCCCGCCCCCGAGGCCGCCUCGGAAAGGCGGCUCCGGCUGCAGGAACCGGCUCCGGGCCUGCCCUCCCCGGUUUCCGCCGCCUGGGCCGAGUCCUCGCGCCACCGGAAGCUCCCGCCGGGCCGCUGGGAAGCGGCGGCGGCGCCAAGGUUGGUUGCACUGCACCCCGCCCCCACCCGCCCCGGGACUGCGGGGGCUCCCGGCCGCCGCCCCAGCGCUGCCCGCCCGUGACAGCCCGGCUCCAGCUCUCUGGGGCGGGGGCGGGGGCUGCCCAAGUGCGGGCCCCCCCGCGCGCCUCCGGGACCUGGAAUCCUGGCUACAGAGCCCUGACCCAGACUCGCUGCCCCCGCCCUUCCUGCGGGCGCCCGGGGCAGCCCUGCGGGGGCUCAUCCUUCAAUAGUCGCGGGCACCGCUCCGCUCCCAUCGGUGCGCACGCAUCCGGAGAUGUGGCGGUGGCGAGACGGCCGUCACCAGCCCGCGCGGGGCGCACGAACGGGGCUGGGGGACACGGACAGGUCAUCCGGCAUCACCGAGCCGGGCGGGGGGGUGAUUGUGAUUCGGCUGCGGGACGCGGUGGGAUCGCAAAGCUGGGAGCCCAACCUCAUCCUGGGGCGGCCCACCGGGACUCCCAGGGAAAGUGGGGUCUGGUCCAGCUGCGCCCCGAAGGACAAGUGGAAGGCUGGGGAGACGCGGGAGUACAGUACAGAGACUCCGCGUCUUCGGGCCCCGCGGGGCGGGGGGGGCGCGGAGAUGGGGCUGAUGGCGGUUCAGAGUGGAAGAGAAGGGGGUUAAGGAGACACAAGGAGGAGCAACCACAGAAGUGGGGGCGGUGGGGAGCACGGAAGGGGUGCAGGAAGCCACAGCAAGGAAGGGAACUGGAAAGGAGGCGCCAAGAGGCGUGUCAGGUGCUGGCCACAGGGCUGGUUGGAUAG